AUGGAAAUUCUAAAUAAACCGGAAGUUGACAAUGUUAAAUUUUCAAAGCAAUCAACAUUUUCAGCUUAUAACAAUUCCUUGAAUCCUAUGUCACCUAAAAAAACAGGGAGUAUUAAACGAAAACAUUCACAUAGUCAAAAGACUACUAUUAGCAAUUAUCCAAGUGUAGGAGAAUUACUUUGGGAUAAUGGGAAAAUGUUUAGUGAUGUUAAAUUAUCAUUCGAAGAUAGAGAAGGUUUAGCUGCUCGCGCAGGAAUACCUUCGGAACUUCGAUUACAUUCUUUAAUCUUAUUUCAAUCACAAUUCUUUAAAGAACAACUUUCACAAACAUCGUCAAAUGUCUCAUCGUUACCAAAAUCUAACAUGAGAAAAGAAAAACAGAUCAUUGUUAAAUUACCAUAUCGAGUUAAUGAGGAAGAUAUGGUUAAUUUUUAUUGUACAUUAAAAUUAAUGUAUACAAAAAAAUGGGACAUUGAAUUAGCAAAUAAUCUAGCAAAAGGUGUCGGAUGUUUGUCAGUUUGCUGGGAAAUAGGAUUUCACGAAGGAAUUGAAGCUUGUUGGAAAUGGUUGGUACGAAAAUGUAGUCGAGAUAGAAAUAAGGAAAUGAUGAAAAAAUUAAUAGAUGCAUACCCGAGAUUACAUGAAAGAUUUACACAUCAAGUUGAUAAUGUAAAUAGUUCAUUGGCUGAAUUACUUGCAGAUACAUCAUUACAAAGAGCUCCAAGUUUAACAAAGAAUAAAAAAGUACCAACUUUACCACGUAGAUCAAUGCGGCGGCCAAAAAAUGCUCGUCGAAUAACGAAAACUGGUGAUGAAUCUGAAAAAACAUUUUUAUCUCCUUUAUUAAAAUCGGAUAAUAGUGAUACAUCAACAUUAUCAUCGUCCAACUCAUCAUUAUCUCCAAAAGCUUCUUCAAAUUCUCUGAAAUCUUCAUCAGCUUCUCCAAAAGUUUCAUCAACAUCUCUAAGAACUCAAUACGAAAAUGGAAUUCCUACACCACAUCAACCCACUAUCAAUAACUCAUUACCAUCACCACCAUUAUCGGCUUCACCAUCACUUUCUCCAGUGUUAACGCAAACCUUACUAUCAUCACACACAAUGUUACCUUUUCCAACGAUACCGACAUCAAUACCAACAAGCUUUAAUAAUGUUCAAAUACUUGACAUAUGGAUAUCAAAAUUCGAGACAUUUUCUAUAAUGUCGAGACGAUCAUGUGCAAAUCUUCCUUUGGAAGAUAGAGAUGAUAACAGAUGUUUCCCAUUUUUAGGACAUUUUGGUUUAAUUUUUGAAUCUAUUAAUCAACUUGGAAGAUCGAAAAUUAUUGCUUCAAAGGAUUGUUUAGAUUUUGCACUUCGUAUGUUAAAUGUUAUUAAAAUUGAACAUUCUCAUUUUCAUAUGUUACAUAAUGCAUAUAAUCAAAAAAAUGGAGUAGGAGAAGAACUUUUAUCACAAUCGAUAGUACUUCAUGAAUCAUUAGACGAACCUUUAACAAUAUUAUUAAAAGAAAUAUUAUCACCAAUAGAUCAAAAACAUUUAUGUGAUUAUUUGUGGGCUCCAAGUAAUAUUUCAAAUUUAAUGCAUCUUCGAGAGAUUCGAAAUGGUAAUAGUAAUCUUAUGGAAGAUGAAUUUGAGGAAUAUGAAGAGAUUAUGAGAGAAGUUAGUUUGAUUGAAGGUUCAAGGGUUAGUCAUGUUGAACAUAUGAUAGUUGGUGAAAAAAUGGCCAAAGCUAUGAGAGGAAUCUUAGCAAAAAGUAGUUAUAAAUUUAUUUAA